CCAGUUCUGUGAGCCAGUGAGAGAAAGAUGUCUCCCCGGUUGUAUGAGUUUCAUCUGCCCUUAUCUCCAGAGGAGUUGUUGAAAAGUGGAGGGGUGAAUCAGUAUGUUGUGCAAGAAGUGCUGCCCAUCAGACAGCUUCCAUCACAGCUUAAAGCAUUUCAGGCUGCCUUCAGAACCCAGGGGCCUCUGACUAUCCUGGAGCACUUUGACACUGUCUACAGCAUUUUACAUCAUUUCCGAAGUAUAGAUCCAGGCCUCAAGGAAGAUACUCUGGAAUUCCUAAUAAAAGUGGUAUCUCGCCAUUCCCAGGAACUUCCAGCUGUCCUGGACAACACAACUUUGAAUGUGUCAGAUAGAAGUGCCCACUUAAAUGCCCUCAAAAUGAACUGCUAUGCUCUGAUCCGUCUCUUGGAAUCCUUCGAGACUAUGACCAGCCAGAUGAGCCUGGACCUUGAUGUUGGUGGAAAGAAUAAGAAAGGGCGGGCCAAGGCGGCCCAUGGCUUCAACUGGGAGGAAGAGAGGCAACCAGUUCUUCAGCUUUUAACACAACUACUCCAGUUGGACAUCCGUCACCUGUGGAGCCACUCAAUAAUUGAAGAGGAAUUUGUCAGUCUGGUUACUGGCUGCUGCUACCGCCUCCUGGAGAACCCUACCAUUAGUCACCAAAAGAACCGCCCCACCCGAGAAGCCAUAACACAUCUGCUUGGCGUGGCCUUGACCCGUUAUAACCACAUGCUCAGUGCCACUGUGAAGAUUAUCCAGAUGCUGCAGCACUUUGAACACCUGGCCCCUGUGCUAGUGACAGCUGUGAGUCGGUGGGCAACCGAAUACGGAAUGAAGAGCAUUGUGGGAGAGAUUGUGAGGGAGAUUGGGCAGAAAUGUCCCCAGGAGCUGAGUCGGGACACUUCAGGGGCAAAAGGCUUUGCAGCCUUCCUGACAGAACUAGCAGAACGUGUCCCAGCUAUCCUGAUGUCCAACAUGUGCAUCCUACUAGAUCACCUGGAUGGAGAGAAUUACAUGAUGCGCAACGCUCUGCUCACAGCCAUGGCAGAGAUGAUAAUACAGGUCCUAAAUAGAGAUCAACUAGAAGAAACAGCCCGAGACACCAGAGACCAGUUCUUAGACACAUUGCAGGCUCAUGGCCAUGAUGUCAACUCUUUUGUUCGAAGUCGUGUUUUGCAGCUCUUCACCCGAAUCGUCCAGCAGAAGGCUCUUCCACUGACCCGUUUCCAGACAGUGGUGGCCUUAGCAGUGGAGCGUCUGUCGGAUAAGUCGGUGCUAGUGUGUAAAAAUGCAAUCCAGCUGUUGGCCACUUUUCUAGCCAAUAAUCCCUUUUCUUGCAAGCUUAGUGAUGCUGACCUUGCCGGACCCCUGCAGAAGGAGACUCAGAAAUUAAAAGAGAUGAAGGCACAGAGGCAAUCUGCAGUUGCUUCUGCAGCACUGGACCCAGAGGAGGAGUGGGAGGCCAUGCUGCCAGAGUUGACAUCCACCCUGCAGCAGCUUCUAAAGUUUCCACAGGAAAAAGAGGAGAUUCCUGAGGAAAUUGCUAUGGCAGAGACCGCUGAAGAGGUGAAAAGACGGAUCCAUCAGCUACUUGCUAAAGCUAGUUACAAGCAGGCCAUCAUUCUCGCCCAGAAAGCUGCAGACCACUUCCAGGAGGCCCAGCCUUUCAGUCAUAUGGAUCCAGAGGAGGCAGAGGAGACUAGGUUCUUGAAUCUUUUGGGCUGUAUCUUCAAAGAUACAGCAGCUUCCACACAGGACAAAAACCCCCAGGGGUCUGCAGGAAACAUGGGUCCAGAAGAGAUUGUCUGUAAGGACAAACCCAGUGUGCCUGAGAAAUCCAAUGAGAAGGAUGAACUGCUGAAGCAAGAGAUGUUGGUGCAGUAUCUGCACGAUGCCUACAGCUUCUCUCUGAAGAUUACACAGGCCAUUGGCAUUAUCAGCAAGAUGAUGUAUGAAAACACAACCACAGUGGUGCAGGAGGUGAUUGAGUUCUUCGUGAUGGUGUAUCAGUUCGGGGUCCCUCAGGCCCUGUUUGGAGUGCGCCGCAUGCUGCCUCUCAUCUGGUCUAAGGAGCCUGGUGUCAGAGAAGCCGUCCUCAAUGCCUACCGCCAACUCUACCUCAACCCCAAAGGGGACUCGGCCAGAGCCAAGGCCCAGACUUUGAUCCAGAAUCUCUCUCUAUUGCUAGUGGAUGCUUCCACUGGGACUAUUCAGUGUCUUGAGGAAAUUCUCUGUGAAUUUGUGCAGAAGGAUGAAUUGAAACCAACAGUGACCCAGCUGCUGUGGGAGCGUGCCACCGAGAAGGUCCCCUGCUCUCGUUUGGAACGUUGUUCCUCUGUCAUGCUUCUAGGAAUGAUGACACGAGGAAAGCCAGAAAUUGUGGGAAGCAACUUAGACACGCUAGUCAGCAUAGGACUGGAGGAGAAGUUUCCACCAGAUUACCAGCUAGCCCAACAGGUGUGUCUUGCCAUUGCCAACAUCUCCGAUAGGAGAAAGCCUUCUUUGGGGUCGCGCCACCCACCCUUCCGACUGCCUCAAGAACACAAGUUGUUUGAGCGACUGCAGGAAAUGGUCACAAAAGGUUUUGUCCACCAGGACCCACUCUGGAUCCCAUUCAAAGAGGUAGCAGUGACCCUUAUCUACCAGAUGGCAGAGGGUCCUGAGGUGAUCUGUGCCCAGAUAUUGCAGGACUGUGCGAAGCAGGCCCUGGAGAAGCUGGAGCAGAACCCCUCACAGGAGGAACUGAAGGAGACCCCCAGGCUCCCUACUUACCUGCUAAUGAACCUGCUGUCCUUGGCUGGGGAUUUGGCUCUGCAGCAGCUGGUCCAUUUGGAGCAAGCAGUGAGUGGAGAGCUGUGUCGGCGCCGAGUUCUUCAAGAAGAACAGGAGCACAAGAGUAAAGGUCUGAAGGAGAAGAACACAAGCUCUGAGACCACCAUGGAGGAGGAGCUAGGGCUUGUCGGGGCGACUGCUGACGAUCCAGAGGCAGAGCUGAUCCGUAACAUCUGCGAGAUGGAACUGCUGAAUGGCAAACAGACCCUGGCCACCAUCAUUCCACUUCUGCUUAAAGUGUGCAACAAUCCAGGUCUCUACAGCAAUCCUGAACUUUGUGCGGCUGCCUCGAUCGCCCUCGGCAAGUUCUGCAUGGUUAGUGCCACCUUCUGUGAUGCCCAGCUUCGUCUUCUGUUCACCAUGCUAGAAAAGUCCACGCUCCCCACUGUCCGGUCCAACCUCAUGGUCGUCGCUGGGGAUCUAGACAUUCGCUUCCCCAACCUGGUGGACCCCUGGACCCCUCAUCUGUAUGCUCGCCUCCGAGACCCAGCUCCUCAGGUGCGGAAAACAGCUGGGCUGGUGAUGACCCACCUUAUCCUGAAGGACAUGGUGAAGGUGAAGGGUCAGGUGAGCGAGAUGGCGGUGCUACUCAUCGAUCCUGAGCCCGAGAUCUCAGCCCUGGCCAAGAACUUCUUCAACGAGCUUUCCCACAAGGGCAAUGCAGUCUAUAAUCUCCUUCCAGAUAUCAUCAGUCGCCUGUCAGAUCCCGAGGGUGGCGUGGAGGAAGAGCCUUUCCACACCAUCAUGAAGCAGCUCCUCUCCUACAUCACCAAGGACAAGCAGACAGAGAGCCUGGUGGAGAAGCUGUGUCAGCGCUUCCGCACCGCCCGAACUGAGAGGCAGUACCGGGACCUGGCCUACUGUGUGUCACAGCUGCCCCUCACAGAGCGAGGUCUCCGAAAGAUGCUGGACAACUUUGAUUGCUUUGGAGAUAAGCUGUCAGAUUCCUCCAUCUUCAAUGCUUUUUUGUUGGUUGUGGGCAAGCUGCGACGUGGGGUCAAGCCUGAGGGCAAGGCUUUAAUAGAUGAAUUUGAGCAGAAGCUUCGAGCCUGUCAUACUAGAGGGUUGGAUGCCGUAGAGGAAAUUGAGCAUGCCCAAGGGGGAAGCCAGAGAGCCCCAUCAGCCACCAAGAAACAAUCCACUGUCUCCAGGCGUCAGCACCUGGCUUCUGCUGCCUCAGACGAUGAUUUUGUGACGCCUGAGCCCCGCCGUACUGCCCGUCCCCGUCGCCAUCCUAACACCCAGCAGCGACUUUCUAAAAAGAAACCCAAGAUUGUCUUCUCAAGUGAUGAGUCCAGUGAGGAAGAACUUUUAGCAGAAAUGACCGAAGAUGAGACACCCAAGAAAACAACCCCCAUCCGCCGAGCAUCCGCUCGAAGACACAGGUCCUGA